GGGCCCGGGCGGCGCAGCCCCGGGCUCGCCAUGCUCCUGGCCUCGGCCGUGGUGGUCUGGGAAUGGCUGAACGAGCACGGCCGCUGGCGGCCCUACAGCCCCGCCGUGAGCCACCACAUCGAGGCGGUGGUCCGCGCCGGGCCCCGCGCAGGGGGCAGCGUGGUGCUGGGCCAGGUGGACGGCCGCCUGGCGCCCUACAUCAUCGACCUGCAGUCCAUGAACCAGUUCCGGCAAGACACGGGAACCCUGCGUCCUGUCCGCCGCAACUACUAUGACCCAUCUUCCGCCCCGGGGAAGGGCGUGGUGUGGGAAUGGGAAAACGACAACGGCUCCUGGACGCCCUACGACAUGGAAGUGGGCAUCACCAUCCAGCACGCCUACGAGAGGCAGCACCCCUGGAUCGACCUCACCUCCAUCGGCUUCAGCUAUGUCAUCGACUUCAGCACCAUGGGCCAGAUCAACCGGCAGACCCAGCGCCAGCGCCGGGUGCGGCGCCGGCUCGACCUCAUCUACCCGAUGGUCACCGGGACCCUGCCCAAGGCGCAGUCCUGGCCGGCCAACCCGGCCUCGGCCGCCUCGCCCCCGGCUCCACCCUGCUCCUGUCCGCAGUGUGUGCUGGUGAUGAGUGUCAAGGCGGCCGUGGUCAACGGGGGAGCCCUCCAGCCCCCCCUAAGCCGCAAGAACGGGGCUCCCUCCGCCACGGCCAAGCUGCCUCCGCCCCCCGGCCCGGGAGUCAAGCCACCGGACGCCACGGGCACCCUUCGAGCCCCGCCCAAGACCCCCGCGUCGCAGGCGACCCGGCGACAGGUGUCCAGCGCAGCACCAGCCGGGACAGCGGCGGGAGCUGCGGCCGCCGCCCCUGCAGCCAGCAGCAAGACGGGACGGGUAGCCCUGGCCACCUUGAAUCGUACCAACCUUCAACGACUGGCCAUCGCGCAGUCCCGAGUGCUGAUCGCCUCCGGAGUUCCUACUGUCCCAGUAAAAAACUUAAAUGGAUCCAGUCCUGUCAACCCUGCCCUGGCAGGAAUCACUGGGAUCCUCAUGAGCGCCGCUGGAUUGCCUGUGUGUCUCACCAGACCACCGAAGCUGGUCCUCCACCCGCCCCCUGUCAGCAAGAGCGAAAUCAAGUCCAUCCCCGGAGUUUCUAACACAAGCCGCAAGACCACCAAGAAGCAAGCCAAGAAAGGUAAAACCCCAGAAGAAGUACUGAAGAAGUAUCUGCAGAAGGUCCGGCAUCCACCAGAGGAGGACUGCACCAUCUGCAUGGAGCGCCUCACAGCCCCCUCAGGUUACAAGGGCCCACAGCCAACCAUCAAGCCUGACCUGGUGGGCAAGCUGUCCCGAUGUGGACAUGUCUACCAUAUCUACUGCCUGGUGGCCAUGUACAAUAACGGGAACAAGGAUGGUAGUCUGCAGUGUCCAACCUGUAAGACCAUUUAUGGGGUGAAGACAGGCACCCAGCCUCCCGGGAAGAUGGAGUACCACCUCAUCCCGCACUCUUUGCCUGGCCACCCAGACUGCAAAACCAUCCGGAUUAUCUACAGCAUCCCCCCUGGCAUUCAGGGUCCAGAACACCCGAAUCCUGGAAAGAGUUUCAGUGCCCGUGGUUUCCCAAGACACUGCUACCUUCCAGACAGUGAGAAAGGGAGAAAAGUUCUGAAGCUGCUGCUUGUGGCCUGGGACCGCCGCCUCAUCUUUGCCAUCGGGACCUCCAGUACCACGGGCGAGUCAGACACCGUCAUUUGGAACGAAGUGCACCACAAGACAGAGUUUGGCUCUAACCUCACUGGCCACGGCUACCCAGAUGCCAAUUACUUGGAUAACGUGCUGGCUGAAUUGGCUGCCCAGGGCAUCUCAGAGGACAGCGCUUCCCAGGACAAGGACUGAGGCUGGAAGGGUUUUGAUAACCACC